AUGGCUGGCGGAACCGGCCAGAAGUUCACCACCGCCACCACCAUCGUCGCCGGCGUGUUCGCCCUGGCGGCAACCUUCCUAUCCAUCGUGUCGAUAUGGUUCCAGCUAAAGAACUAUCGCAAGCCGCUGUUGCAACGCUAUGUUGUGCGCAUCUUGUUGAUGGUUCCUAUCUAUUCCAUCAGCUCGUGGGUUAGCAUGGUGUCCUUGCAGGCGGCAUCUUUCUUGGACCCGAUUCGAGAUAUAUAUGAGGCCUUUACCAUCUACACCUUCUUCCAACUGCUGAUCAACUACCUCCAAGGCGAACGAGCGCUCAUAAUCAUGACCCACGGUCGUGCUCCCGUCAACCACCUAUGGCCCCUGAACCACGUGCUGCCGAAAGUCGAUAUUUCGGAUCCCUAUACCUUCCUAUCCCUCAAACGAGGGAUUCUGCAAUACGCAUGGCUGAAGCCCCCCUUGGCCAUUGCCUCCAUUAUAAUGAAAGCGACUGGUGUAUACAAAGAGGGCUACAUCGGUGUAUCAUCUGGAUACCUCUGGAGCGGCAUCGUCUACAACAUCAGUGUCACUCUCAGUCUGUACUCGCUUGGCUUGUUCUGGGUUUGUAUGCACGAUGAUCUGUUGCCUUUCCGACCUGUUCCCAAGUUUCUGUGCAUCAAGCUCAUCAUCUUCGCUUCCUAUUGGCAAGGAUUCUUUCUCUCCAUCCUGGUCUGGCUUGGAGCAGUUCCGGACACUGUUCCUGAUUAUACGCCCGAUAAUCUGGCAGCUGCCAUACAAGAUGCUUUGAUAUGCUGCGAAAUGCCUAUCUUCGCGGUUGCUCACUGGUAUGCCUUUUCUUGGCAUGACUACGCAGACAACAGUAUCUCCUCUGCCAGAUUACCCGUCAAGUACGCCGCAAGAGAUGCUUUCGGCAUCGUGGACCUCAUUGAAGAUUCCAAGGAGACGUUUAGAGGCAGUCAUUACAGCUACCGGGUGUUCGAUUCUACCGGAAAAGUCAUUGCACACGAAGACUCCAGUUCUCGAUUCGCUAGACUAAAGGAUGGAAUGAGGUACACACGAGGUGGCGAGGCCAAGUACUGGAUACCGAAGCCUGGAGAAGUUCACGGGGAGAUGAGCGCGAAUACGCCCCUCUUGAAUUCCGAGGGAGGACCCAGCAGUACAGGGGCUGCGGUAACACCAAAUUAUACAGACGGCUCGACCGACGAGACCAAGCUAGACGAGCGUGACGAGGAUCUAUUCGGCAAAGCGCGGGAGCUGGAGUUUGGAGACUGGAAUUACCCUGUGAUCACUGCCAACAUACCCACCAGAGACAUUUGGGUGUCUUCGGGUGCUCGAGUGUAUCAGUCAUCUUCGGGAGCCUGGAAUACGGCUCGCUCUGUGUCUUCCCUGAGCGUUACCAAUGUACCGACGGAGCCACCGGCACCUAGUCCGGAGGCCGUAAAGCCCAAGAAGAAGAAGAAGGGCAAGCAGAAGGAGGCAGAGCCUGUUGUAUCUUCGCCACUAGACACCAGAGCUCGUGUGUCCGAGGAAGCGGAAUCCAAAGGUCCCCUGGGGGCACCCGUAUUAACGACAAGUGAUCCUUUCAUCCUAGAGGAGGAGGCAGAGGAUGAUCUUAGUGAUGUGGUCACCCCGGCGGGAAACGCGUCUCCAGAUGAGGAAGCGAGUCCGAUGUACGCCACAGAAAACGAGGACGAGUUCCGCAAUGUCUGGGAUGGCGAUCGCUUAUGA